UCAAUGAAACGUCAAACAGUUGUCAUGACUUGUGUCACUGUUAUUCCUCUCACCUCACUCUGCUUCAUCCAUCCUCAUUCCCGUAAAAAUGGCGACUUUCCUUCCUCGUUCUCUUGGUCUUGCUGAAACAGUAAUUCGGAAUAAUGGAGCAAAGCUGCUGGCGGCGACGGCCGCGCACAAGCAGCAGGUCCGCAACCUGAACGUGCACGAGUACGUGAGCUACACCCUGCUGCGCGACGCCGGCAUCCCCGUGCCCAAGUUCAACGUCGCCAAGACCAAGGACGACGCGCUCAAGUUCGCCAAGGAGCUCAACAGCAAGGACAUCGUGCUUAAAGCUCAGGUCUUAGCCGGAGGACGAGGGAGAGGUUCCUUCAAGAAUGGUCUCAAAGGCGGUGUCCGUAUGGUUUCUACACCGGAGCAAGCCGCGGACAUCGCGAGCAAGAUGCUCAACCAGCUGCUGGUCACGAAGCAGACCGGCGCCGCCGGGCGCAUCUGCAACAUGGUCAUGGUCACCGAGCGCAAGUUCCCGCGCCGCGAGUUCUACGUCGCCAUCAUGAUGGAGCGCAGCUUCAAUGGUCCCGUGAUAAUCGCGUCGUCGCAAGGAGGCGUUAACAUCGAGGACGUGGCGGCGGAGAACCCGGAGGCGAUCACCUACGAGCCCAUCGACAUCAUGAAGGGAAUCACUCCUGAACAGAUCUCCCGCGUCGUCGAGAAGAUUGGGCUCCAAGAAAGGCAACAGGAAGCCUCCGACAUGAUUGCGAAAAUGUACCAGCUGUUCUUGAAGAAAGACGCUCUGCUUAUCGAGGUGAACCCUUACGCCGAGGACGCUCUCUCUGGAAACUUCUUCUGUCUGGACGCGAAAUUCCGAUUCGACGACAACGCCGACUUCAGGCAAAAGGAGCUGUUCGCGCUCCGCGACACAACCCAGGAGGACCCCAAAGAAAUCGAGGCCGCCAAGUUCAGCCUCAACUACAUCGCUCUCGACGGCACGAUCGGCUGCAUGGUGAACGGCGCCGGGCUGGCCAUGGCCACCAUGGAUAUCAUCAAGCUGUACGGCGGCGACCCGGCCAACUUCCUCGACGUCGGCGGCGGCGCCACCGCGCAAGCCGUCUCGGAAGCCUUCAAGAUCAUCCUGUCCGACCCGAAAGUGACGGCCAUCCUUGUGAACAUCUUCGGAGGCAUCAUGCGCUGUGACGUCAUCGCGGAGGGCAUCAUCACCGCCGCCAAGAACCUCAACAUUCAGAUCCCCGUCAUUGUCCGACUUCAGGGCACGAAGGUGCACGAGGCCCGCAAGCUGAUCGCGGAGUCCGGGCUGCGCAUCGUGCCGCGCGACGACCUGGACGAGGCAGCCGCGCUCGUCGUGCAGCUCAGCGAGAUCGUCUCGCUCGCCAAGAAGGCCGGCGUCGAGGUCCGAUUCGACAUCCCUAGAUACAUGCUCGAGAAGUAAACAGUAUUAGCUCGCCCAACACUCGGCAAACCAUCGACUCGGUAGUUGCCGAUGUUUGUACUCAUCUAUCAUGUAAAUCAUGUUUCACCAGUCGGCCAAAGGUCAUUCGAUCUGUUCCUCGUAGUAUCGUCGUGUGAAACGCGAGAUAACCUUUACGGUAUAAGUACCUUACAAUUCGUUUGUUUUGACUAUAUCCGGCAUUAUAUGCGCGAACCGUUUGGGAAUAAUUGAUAUUCAAUCAUCGAUAAGAUGAAAAUUUAGACGUAUAAUUAAUGUUUUAUGUUAUUACUUCAACUGUUGCCGUAAUGUGACAUCUAUUGAACAUUAUAAAAUAAUGUCUCGCAAAUGCCUAUAUUGUGUAAUGUUAAAAUAUUACGCAUUUAUUUAAUGUUAACCAUAUUCCUUAUUAUGUAAGCUUCAAGAAUGACCUUUGAGCACUUCGAUUAGUAAUACGAAAACGUCUUUACCGUAAAAGUUUUGUUUGCUUCUUCGUAUUGUUAUACUGAACGCGACCCGUUGAUUCAUUGUUAAUCAUACUCUAAAUAUUGUUAUACUUAUUUUAAGAGUUACUGUAGAAGUAGUUGCAUAAAUAUUAAUAUUGAUUCAUAGUAGGUAGGUACAAAUUAUAAAUCUUUUAUUUAUUUUUUGGUACUUUUACAUUUUGUUUAUCUCAUUUACUUGAGAUUUUGAUACGAUCGUAUCUAUCUGUUGAGACUUAUUUAUAUGACGAAGUUAACCACACAAUGCUUGAUUGGGUGAUUUAUUCUACUUGUGAUAAAAUAUUUCCAGCAUGAAAGUGCAUAUGAAAACAUCGACGCGCCUCUACACAUUCUACAAGUAAAAACAUUAAGUCGCUUCAGGUGACAUCGCUGUUAAGUCGUUCAAUUCAAUUAAUCGACGAAGCUUACAAAUUUUUAUUAGUUCAUCAAUCAUUCAUAAUAUUAAGGUCAAAUUUACUAGUUACAUAUUCUAUUUAUUGAAAUAAUGGUUAGUAAAGUCGUUGUGUAGUAUUGUAAAGCUUCUGUAUGUACUCGUUCCGUACUGUCUCGCCACGUAUACAGUUAGUGAACCGAUGCGAUACCGCUCGGUAAGUAUUGUUUAUUACGCGGAUGCCCCUGCGGCAUACCGUGAUACGUGUAACAUGCAAUAAUCAAGUAUUUUGUAAAAUGUUUCUUUGUAAAUAGAUGCAAUUGUUAAGUUCGUGUAUUUAUUGGGAAUUAAAUGAUUGAAGUACAAUGUUGUAUUAACACCGUAAAACACAAGUAAUUAUUAUUUAUUGGCUUGAAAGGUCACUUUGUUGUAAUACAUUUGGUUUAGAUCUG